AUGAGUUUUCUUGACUCCGUUCUCUCGUCUAUUGAGACGGGUAGACCAGCUCCCAUCGCUCCUCCCCCUCCAAUUCGGACGCCCGCGCCACCCGUAUCGUCCUCAAAUGUCAGACCUCAAGCAUACAAGCCUACUAAUGGGCUUGGUAGCAAUGCUACCGGGCAGAGAAAUGUUGCUGCUGGGGUGAAAAGGAAAGCCGAGGAUCAGUUGCGUCGAUCCCAGAAGCCUGAGUCUGAAGCGUCGACCAAGCCAACGGCAAACAAACCUGCCAAUGCUUCUAUUGCUUCAAAGCCUCGCCCAGUCGCCACUUCGUCUUCCGUCAAGUCUACAAACGGAAAUACUGCAACCGCUACUCAGAAACCGCCUCAGAUCUCCUCGAAGCCCCCUCCUAAAGGAUCGUAUGCUGAUCUCAUGAUGAAAGCGAAGGAACUACAGACGAAAGCUCCAACUCAAGUGGGCAUGUUCAAACAUCAACCGGUAGCCAAGGAGAAGCUCAGCAAAGCGGAACGCAAAAGACGAGCAAUGGAGGCGCAGACAAAAGAGAAAGAUUCACGAGUGGCCAAGAAGCCCGGCACUGUUUCUGGUGGAGCAACCGGAACCAGGUCUGGUGAUGGGAAACUUGCCAGAAAACGGGAAAAUGAGGACUUAGCCUACAAGGGCACAGCAAGACCGCCGCAGACCCCAACGCAGCUGGAGUACCGGGGAACAGCCGGCCUGCCCAGUCGACGCGGCUCACAAGAACCAAAAGCACAGUCUCGAGCUAGUAAGCGCGCUAGAAUGAAUGAGUAUCUAGCAACAGAUGAAGAAGACGAAGGAGAUUUUGCCGACGAUGACUACUACUCCGCAUCAUCCGACAUGGAAGCUGGCUACGAUGAUGUAGAGGAGGAAGAAGCUGCUGCAUUAGCAGCUGCGAGGAAAGAGGAUGAACAGGAAUUGCGCGCUGAGCUUGCGGCCAAGCAGGAAAAGCUUGAACGACGGAAGAAACUCGCAGCAUUGGUUGCUAAGAGUCGAUCUUGA